GAUUUUUUUGUUUUUCGUUUCGUAAUCUAACGGCAUGGGCACGCGCAAGAAAGGCUUGGAGUUUGCCAAGCACAUAACCGAGAUUAUAACCAAAGCCACCGGAUUCGAGAGGCAUCUGGAGAAGGUACAAAUCACAGGCGGAGGCGAUGGCAUCUGCACUGCGGAAUUCAAAGUUGGGCCGGAGCACCUAAACAGAGGCGGCGGACUCCAUGGCGGAUACACUGCCACUCUGGUGGAUAUGAUUACUACUUACGCUUUAAUGUCCAAGCCCUGUCAUCCCGGUGUCUCGGUUGACAUUAGUGUCAGUUACCUGAAAGGUGCCCGCGAGGGAGACGAUGUUGUGAUUGAGGCCAAUACGAUUAGAGCUGGAAGAACUUUAGCCUUUAUUGAUUGCAUACUAAAGCAUAAGAAGGAUAACUCGGUGAUAGCCAAAGGCAGUCAUACAAAGUAUGUGAACUUUGAGUAGAUCACAAAAGAUUGAGAGCAUCCCUCUAAGAGAUUUGAAUGUGCUUUAUUUUAUUACAUUGUGUAGCAGUACAUUGUUGUUGUUAGUUAA